CGAGUAGGGAUUGCGUGGGGCCAGUGGAGAAGGUCGUGCCCUAUUGGCUCGGAAGCUGCGUAGAACGGUGGGACUGGACAAGGGACAGCCAGUGGACAUCAGAGCCCCCCUUGCCUGCCCUUCCAUCCCCGGUCCUAUAAUACACACGCCACUUUUCCUUCUCCCACACAAUCAACUCACUACUACUACUACUAGAGAUUGAAGAUGUCGAGCAGAAGGACCAGAGACGCAGAGCAAGAGAUCAAUGAUCUCAUCGCCAAGCUUCAGUCUCUACUCCCGGAGACCCGUCGCCGAGGCGCCGGCCGGGCAUCAGCAGCAAAGUUACUGAAGGAGACAUGCAGCUACAUCAGGAGCCUGAACAGGGAAGUGGACGACCUCAGCGGCCGGCUCUCGGAGCUCAUGGAGACCAUGGACAGCAACAGCGUCGAGGCAGAGAUCAUACGGGGUCUGCUCCAUUCUUGAUUGAGAUAUGAUACACACAUGUACCUCUGUUCUGAGCUUAAUUAGGUUGUUCAGGCUCGAGAUGUUUUCCCCUGCAGACAACCGGCCUUCACACCUGGUUAAGAAACAGUGAUGCAUGUAAUCGACAUUUGGCUUAAUUAUACAUUGAUAUAUAUUUUAUCUGGAGCUAAAUUCUAUCCA